AUGAAAUUCUCUUCUCCGAACAAUCGGCGCGCACUCUGUAUACUCGCUUUAGAAUUCUACCAACCAAGGGUUUGGGGAUUUGGACUUGUCGAUUGGGAUGAGCAGAAAUUGACGAUGGUGGGGAUUCUGGGAUUGACGCGUGCCUUUGGGGACUGGGCUGACUCACCGCGCGAGGUUACUCGGACGAUUCCAACGAGUGAAAACAUCGGGGAAAGCGGGUGGCUGAUCAGAUUCUUUGACUCGGCCUUCUUCUGCGAAUGGAUCGCCGUCAGCUACCUCUACAAGCACGAUCACUCGGGUGUUCGAGAUUACUUGUGCAACCGAAUGUAUACUCUCCCUCUCUCUGGUAUCGAGAGCUACUUGUUUCAAAUUUGCUACAUGUUAAUUCACAAGCCCAGCCCCUCGCUGGACAAAUUUGUUAUAGAUGUCUGUUCGAAAUCCCUGAAAAUUGCACUCAAAGUCCACUGGUUUCUGAUGGCGGAAUUGGAGGAAGUCGAUGAUAACGAAGGGGUUAGUAGGAUUCAGGAGAAGUGUCAGUUUGCCGCCACCUUAAUGGGUGAGUGGCCGCCUUUGAUCAAGCCUCAGCUGCAGACUAGUGGCUUUAUGUCGACAAUGUCAUUUGGUAAUGACAAUGGAAGUAGCAGUAGCCCAUCCGGUAAAAACCCGAUGUUGAACCGACUGUUGUCAUCAAAACAGAAGUUAAUGUCGUUGACAUCAUCUCCUCCGAAUGCCACACUUGUGUCCAAGUCGUUCUCCUUUUCACCCUCGUCGGGUAACUCGAUAACGAAUGAUGAUGGUGGUAAAGUUGUGGGAACCCCCGAGGAGAACAAUAAGAUUUUCAAGAAAUUUAUCCCAGGUCCCAAGGUACGAGAUGCUUUGCUCUUCAGGAAAUCUUUGGACAAGGACGAGGAGGUGCCUGAGAAGGAUGGUGGAUUUCUUAAGCGAUUGUUAAGGGAUAGUAGGGAUGAUGAUGCGAGAAAGUCUGUAGGUAACGGUAAAGAGAAUGAUGAGGAUCCUGAGAAGGAAUCUGGGUUCUUCAAGAGGUUACUGAGGGACAAUCGUGAUGAGGGCAUGCGGAAAUCGGUGGAUAGAUCUAAAGAUGAGGAGUGGCACGAGCAAGAUGGUGGGUUCUUCAAGAGGUUAUUGACCAGUAGCAGAGAAGAAGAUUCGAGAAAGUCGAUGGAUAGGAAUGACGAGGAGUUUGAGAAAGAUGGUUUUUUCCGAAGGCUUUUGAGUGGUAAGGAUGAGGAGGAGGGGAUUAACUCAAGUACGGAUAGUUUUAUCAAGCGGUUGUUUCGAGAUGGUAAAAAUGAUUCAGAUGAAAAAGCAUUGUCUAAAUCUGCUGAAGAUGAGGAGAAGGAAGGAUUCUUCAAGAAACUCUUUAAGGAUAAAAAUGUUGAUAAGAAUGAUGGUAAUGACAAGAAUGAUGAUGAUGUGAGAGUGGGAAAGAAUUCUGAAGAUGAAGGAUUCUUCAAGAAACUGUUUAAGGAAAAAUUCGAUGACAAGAAAGAUGCCAGUGAACGGGUUGAUGAGAAUAGGACAGGACAUGCAAACAGUGCAGAUGAUGACCCGCCGGAUUCAUUGUUGCGUAGAUUGUUCCGUGUCCAUCCAGAGGAUUCCAAAACUUCUACGGCAAAUGACAGUAGCUAUAGUAACAAUCUUCUUGAAAGCAGUCCUGGAACAGAGAACUUUUUUCGGAAGCUGUUUAAGGAUCGAGACCGCUCAGUAGAAGAUUCUGAACUCUAUGGUUCAAAAAUGAGUAAAGCGAAUCAUCCUGGCUCACCAAAGCAGGGAAGUAGAAAAUCACAUGCUAAACCUCCACUUCCAAAUAGCGUAUCACAGCUUAGGAAAGGAACGUAUCAUGAAUCACUUGAUUUUGUUCAAUCUUUAUGUGAGACAUCCUAUGGCCUUGUUGAUGUUUUUCCUAUUGAAGAUCGAAAAACAGCUCUUCGCGAGUCACUUGCAGAGAUCAAUGAACAUAUAGAUGUUUCUCAAAGUAGUGGAGGAAUAUGUUUUCCUAUGGGGAAAGGUAUGUAUCGUGUUGUUCAAAUUCCGGUAGAUGAAGCUGUCCUCAUGAAUUCGAGAGAAAAAGCUCCGUAUCUUAUCUGUAUUGAAGUUCUGAAGUGUGAAGCUCCAAGUAAUUCAACCGAUGCUUCCAAUUCACAAAAGCUUUCUAGAGGAGGAAUUCCAUUGGCAAAUAGGGAUGCACUUCUACCGAAGCCUCCUCCAUGGGCUUAUCCUUUAUGGACAGGACAGGAUAUGUACCACAGUGGUUAUGAUAGGAUGUCUAGGUCCACUUCUGAUGCGAUAGAUCAGGCAAUGGCUCAGUUAUGGGAUGCUAAAGUGAAAUUUGUUCAUGUCAAUUUUUCUGUGGAGAAGCAAUCAGAAGCAGCUGCUAAUUGUGGCCGGACCAAAGAGGGUGCCAGUGCAUUUCAUGGAGACGAUAGCUCUGAUUUGGAAUUCGUGAGGGUGAUCUUGUCAGCAGAACCUGGAAGUAGCAUGGAUGACAUAUUGGACCAAGAUCCACCUCGACGGAAAGAACAUCGGCGUGUUCCCAGUACCGUGGCAAUUGAGGAAGUUAAGGCAGCUGCUUUGAAAGGAGAAGCUCCUCCUGGUCUUCCUCUGAAAGGAGCUGGUCAGGAUUCAUCCGAUGCUCAACCAAAGGUUGAAAAUGGUGGUGUUCCCAAGGUAGGCGAUGCAUUAGCUGGUGAACUUUGGGCAGUAAAGAAAGAGCGAAUCCGCAAAGCAUCAGUGUAUGGAAAAUUACCCGGCUGGGACUUGCGCUCUGCAAUUGUGAAGAGUGGGGAUGACUGCCGUCAGGAGCACCUCGCCGUACAACUAAUUUAUCAUUUUUACGGCUUGAAUGGAUUUGUUGGGGGCAGACAUGCAUCGGGCUGUAUGGUUCUUUACACCGAAAGCAAAGCCCUUUUGCUUGCAAAUCUUGGCACUCUUGAUGAGAAUAAUGGUGGAUGCCUUUCUGAACAACAGGGUGGGUUGGAUUGCGGGCAGAAGGCAGAAGAACUAGAAUUCAGAGAUGAGACAGGAAAAUUUCCACCAUUUGUAGGACAUGAGUUGGCUGCUGGGAUGGGCUGGUUCUGGAAAUUAGGGUUAGGUAAUGUAGGUAAUGUUGAACCCUUAGAGGCAGGGCUUGGGGUCUAUCCAAGCCCAAAACCUGUUGUCCACCGAUUCUCUGGACCCGAAGAUAUAUUCCAGGAAGCUGGUCUACCCCUGUGGUUGCGUCCAUACGAAGUUUUAGUUACUUUCUCUUAUACAGCUCUGAUUGAAACCAUACCAGACACGGCAUCACUCCAUUCGAUCAAAAGUAGAUUUCCCAAUAUUUCAAGUUUGCGGGACUUUUUUGUUGCCAAGUAUCAAGAAAACUCUCCUGCUUUUAAGCUUGCUCAGAGGAACUUUGUGGAAAGCAUGGCUGGAUACUCCCUAGUUUGUUACCUCUUACAGGUUAAGGAUAGGCACAAUGGGAACCUGUUGUUGGAUGAAGAAGGUCACAUCAUACACAUAGACUUUGGUUUUAUGCUUUCUAAUUCACCUGGGGGUGUAAAUUUUGAGAGUGCUCCAUUUAAGUUGACCCGUGAGCUUCUCGAGGUGAUGGACUCUGAUGCUGAGGGUGUUCCAAGCGAAUUUUUUGAUUAUUUUAAGGUUUUAUGCAUCCAAGGUUUCCUGACAUGUCGUAAACAUGCAGAGCGCAUAAUUCUUCUAGUUGAGAUGCUUCAGGAUUCUGGUUUUCCGUGUUUCAAGGGUGGUCCCCGAACAAUACAAAACUUAAGAAAACGCUUUCAUUUAGGUUUGACAGAAGAGCAAUGUGUUUCCUUGGUGCUUUCUCUAAUAAGCAGUAGUUUGGAUGCUUGGCGGACUCGGCAGUACGAUUACUAUCAGAGGGUCUUAAAUGGGAUAUUUUAUUUGUUCAAUUUUGACACAUUCGGCAAAAUUGAUCAACGUGCGUCUGAGAAGUUUCUGUUAUUAGACGAGUGUGCUUCAAGAUAUCAUUGGAAGUUGGCAUGGUUUGCCCAUAAUAUGGUAUUCGAAAAGCAUGAGGAGUUUGCAGCUAUGUUGCCUUACGGAAUCUGA